AUGGCCGUGUCCGGUUGCGGCAGUUAUGUGUUGGUGAUCCUGUUUGUCAUCUCGGGUUGUCAAUCCUGUUGCUUUUCGUCUUUCUGCGGUCGCGGUUGGCAGAAAUGGGGCAAUUCCUGCUACCGACUCACCGACCAGAGUGUAGUUGGCCUAUACAGUGAUGUCGAGGAAAGAUGCAAGAGCCUGGGAGGUGAAAUCGCAGCUCCUCGCUCAGCCGAAGAAAAUAAAUGGUUCGUCGAGUUGGCAGGGAACAUUGAAUACUUGUGGAUUGCUUGCACCAGUGAAGACGGGGAACAAUGGUUUUGCAAUGGUCAGAAACAAAAGUUCGAUAACUGGUAUAGAGGGGUACAAAACGAGCAGCAACGCUGUGCAUCUUUGUGUGUAAACCGUGGAGAGCCUGAUGACUGCGCACUGGGUAAAUGGUUGUUUGUAACAUGUAAUGCCCCUGCUAAUCAUUUUCCAGCGAUCUGCGUCAUUCGCCCGAGCAGUCAGCUGAAGUAG